AUGUCCCACUCAAUGCUUGGCCCUAUCGCCAUCGUCGGCGGUGGCCCGUGUGGGUUAACACUUGCACGUCUACUCGAAACAGCCGGCUUCGACUACGUCGUCUUUGAGCGAGACGCAACAGCAAAGCCAACGCCGCGUUUCCAAGGCGGCACCUUAGACCUGCACCCGGAAACAGGCCAGGAAGCACUGCGCCAAGCGGGUCUAUCCGCAGAAUUCGAGAAAUUAGCUCGCCGUGAUGCAACGACAAUGACCGUCCAGGACUCCCAAGGCAACCUGCGCACAACAUUUGGCGAGACACGCGAUGCCCCAGAGAUUGACCGAUUGCAGCUACGGACGAUGCUGCUUGACUCGAUUCCAGCGCAUCGUAUUCGCUGGGGAAAGUCCCUUCGCUCCGUUGAGAAGAACAGCAAGGAGUCGUCAGAUCCCUCGAACUGGGUCUUGCGCUUUUCUGAUGAUACGACUGAAAGUGGAUUCAGUCUGAUAGUUGGUUCUGAUGGAGCCUGGAGUAAAGUUCGUCAGAUUAUCACACCGGCUAAGCCGCAGUAUUCGGGCAAGAUCUUCAUCGAAGGUCGUCUUUCCCUCGACAAUCCAGUAUAUAACGCAGCCCUGGAAAUGGUGGGCGCCGGUAAUUCAUUGGCCAUCGGAGCUGAGCAAUCUCUCGUCGUGCAGCAGAUGGCCGAUCGAUCAUACCGUGUAUACAUGGGCCUUGUUGCACCUGAAAACAUCGCCCGGCCCGGUGGAGAAGUUGAUUUAACUGAUAUGGGCAAAGCGCGUGCCGCCAUGCUUGCACCAGGUGGGCAUUUCGAUAACUGGGCUCCAGAACUGCGGGCCUUCAUUGAGGCUGCCGAGGGACCAUGGCGCGCUUGGCCUCUUUAUCGCAUGGACCCUGACGUUUUCCUGCCUGUGACUGGAACCGAGGAUAGGGAUCUAGGCCGAUGGGUUUCUUCCCCAGGUGUGGCAUUGUUAGGAGACGCUGCUCACAUAUCAAUCCCGAAUGGUGAGGGUGUCAACCAGGCCAUGUAUGAUGCUUUGGUUCUAUUUGAAAGCAUAUCAAGGGAGGCUGGCGCUGAUGCCAGGCUUGAAUCCGAUGAGACUCGGAAAGCGGCUCUUGGGCGCGCUGUCGUUGCAUAUGAAGCCGAAAUGCUUCCCCGGGCUCGUGAGCAUCUCCUUCACUCCAUCGAAGACGAGGGUAUGUUUUGGGGUGAGGAUGCUGCAGCUCGUUUAGUUCAAAUGUUCAACAAGAUGGCGAAGCAGAGCCAUCAGGAUGUGUGA